UUUCCGGUUGUUAAAGACAUUGUGCGUCUAUUGACGUAAAACGGCCUUUUUUUUCUCUCCUGUUAGUAGCGAAGGAUAAUGAAGGCUUCAGGGGUUCUGCGGGAAUACAAAGUUGUUGGGCGAAGGUUGCCCACAUCAAAAAUUCCACUUCCGCCUCUAUACCGUAUGCGUAUAUUUGCUCCGAACCAUGUUGUUGCAAAAUCCCGUUUCUGGUAUUUUGUUUCACAAUUGAAGAAGAUGAAGAAAUCUUCUGGUGAAAUAAUUUACUGUGGAGAGGUGUAUGAAAAAUCCCCAGUGAAGGUUAAAAAUUUUGGAAUCUGGCUAAGAUACGACUCCCGUAGUGGGACUCACAACAUGUACAGAGAAUACAGAGACCUCACUACUGCUGGUGCUGUGACACAGUGCUAUAGAGACAUGGGUGCCCGCCAUCGUGCACGUGCUCAUGCCAUUCAGAUCAUGAAAGUUGAGGAGAUAGCUGCUAGCAAGUGUCGUAGAACUAAUGUCCGCCAGUUCCAUAACUCCAAGAUAAAGUUUCCAUUACCACACAGAGUCCUACGUCGUCAGCACAAGCCACGUUUCACCACCAAGAGACCAAAUACUUUCUUCUGAAGUUGAUCUGUUGUGGAAUAAAGUUCAUAUUACAGGAAUGAA